AGCUUAAGAUUUCUUCAACAGAUUUCAUUGUCCUACUUGGACUUUCUAUGAAAACCCCUUCACAUUUUCUCCCACUUCACAGCCACUCACAUAAAAAUACUCUCCAACCAAGUGGUUCAAUUGCAGAGUGAACUUCAAAACCAGACUCUAUUAGCAUUUUCUCACUAUCUAUUCAGAGCAGAGAGAAGAGAAAUGGCAGCUGCAACAUCUGGUGCAGUGUUGAAUGGUUUGGGAUCUUCCUUCUUAUGUGGAGGAAAGAGGAGCCAAACUCUGCUGUUAGCUACUGCCAUUGGAGGCAAAGUUGGUGCUGCAGCUGUUAGUCCUAGAAGACUUGUUGUUGCUGCUGCUGCAGCACCAAAGAAAUCAUGGAUCCCUGGUGUUAGAGGGGGUGGAAAUUUCAUCGACCCGGAAUGGCUCGAUGGAUCGCUACCAGGUGACUUUGGUUUUGACCCACUAGGCCUUGGCAAGGACCCAUCAUUUCUCAAAUGGUACAGAGAAGCCGAGCUCAUUCAUGGGAGGUGGGCAAUGGCUGCCGUUCUAGGGAUCUUUGUCGGGCAGGCUUGGAGUGGAGUUCCAUGGUUUGAGGCCGGAGCUGACCCCAAUGCAAUUGCUCCUUUCUCCUUUGGUACUCUUCUAGGCACCCAGUUGAUUCUCAUGGGGUGGGUAGAAAGCAAGAGAUGGGUUGAUUUCUUCAACCCGGAUUCGCAGUCAAUCGAAUGGGCCACUCCAUGGUCAAAAACUGCCGAGAACUUUGCCAAUGCCACUGGUGAUCAAGGCUACCCUGGGGGAAAAUUCUUUGAUCCAUUGUCACUUGCUGGAACCAUCCAAAAUGGGGUUUACAUUCCAGAUACAGACAAGCUAGAGAGAUUGAAACUGGCUGAGAUUAAGCAUGCUAGGAUUGCUAUGUUGGCUAUGUUGAUUUUCUACUUUGAAGCUGGACAAGGGAAGACGCCCCUUGGCGCUCUUGGCUUGUAAACAAAACAAUUCAUGUAGAUAAUUGAACUGAGAAGCUAGACAAUUGCAAAUGAAUCUUUGCCCUAAGUGUGUUACCCAUGACAGAUUUAAUUCUAUGUUAUGAUCUUGGAUGCAUGUACUUUGUGUAUGUUCCUAGAUGUAGUGUUAGUAUAUAUAUUUUGCUUUUACCUUGAAAAAAUAUCUGUUUCACCA